AUAUUUGUCAAGGUAAGGAAGAGGACGGCCAGCAGCGAGGUGGAUGGACUCAGUUACAGCAGCGAUGAGUGCACCGUUGGAAGACCUGAAAGACCAGAUCACAAUGGAGGAAGAAUAUGUACAAGGACAAUUCAGGAAGUUGCAAGCACAACGUAUGAUCAUGCAGAAGAAAACAUUCACCAAUUGGUUUAAUAAUGUUUUCUACAAACACAGUGCAAACAUUAAGAUUCAAGAUCUCUACAGUGAACUGAAAGAUGGUGUUUAUCUCCUACGCCUCUUGGAGCUACUGUCUUUGGAACAACUACCCAAGCCAAACAAAGGCAAGAUGAGGGUGCACUUUUUGGAGAACAAUAGCAAAGCCAUUCAGUUCCUCAAAUCCAAGGUACAUGUGAAGGUAAUUGGACCAGAAAACAUAGUAGAUGGAGACCAGACCCUCAUCCUUGGAUUACUGUGGAUAAUCAUCCUCAGAUUUCAGAUUUCAUCCAUCAAUCUUGACAAGGAUGAAUUUGGAUCCAGAGUUGAUGCUCUCUCUUCCAAUGAAGCUCUACUGAUUUGGUGUCAGCGUAAGACAGCCAGCUAUUCCAACGUCAAUGUGAAAGACUUUUCCAAAAGCUGGAGUGAUGGGCUAGCUUUCAAUGCCCUCAUUCAUGCUCACAGGCCUGAUCUCAUACAGUACAGCUCCCUGCGGCAUGACCAGCCCAUCAUUAAUCUAAAUAAUGCCUUCACUGUGGCAGAGAAGCACCUGGGAAUCUUAAAGUUGUUGGAUGCUGAAGAUGUGGCAGUGCCAUUUCCAGAUGAGAGAUCCAUCAUGACCUACGUGUCAUUCUAUUACCAUUACUUUUCCAGGCUGAAGCAGGGUCAGACAAUCCAGAAAAGACUUGCUAAAAUUGUGUUCUUCCUGAAGGAGACAGAUGACUUGAAAUUCCAGUAUGAACACAUGAUCUUUGAACUCUUGAGAUGGAUAAAGCUCAAAGUGGCAGAACUGGAUGAUCGUUUCUUCCCCAAUUCUCUGGAGGAAAUGCGCUUCCUCAUGAAUAACUUUAAGGUCUUCCGCACUGUGGAGAAACCUCCCAAAUACCAUGAGAAGGGGAUAAUUGAAGCCAAUUUUUUCCACAUACGGACCAAACAGCAAGCCAACAAUCAGCGUGCUUAUCUGCCCCCUGAAGGAAGAACUUUAAGAGAUCUGGAAAAAGAAUGGAUUGCUUUGGAGAAGGCAGAGGACAGCCGAGGAAAAGCAAUUCAGCAGGAGCUGUUAAGACUUGAGAGAGUUGAGCAAAAGGUCCAGAAGUUUCUGAAGAAAGCAGCCAUUCGUGAGGCCUACUUGAGAAACAUGAGGGAGAUCAUCAAAAAGCAGGAUGAUUGGCAACCUGACAGCAUAGAACAGCUUCAGGCAGGCACUAGGAAACUAGAGGCAAUUGAAGCAGACAUGCUUCCCAGAGACCAACGCUUCAAUGCCUUGUCUACAAUGGCCUCCGAAAUCAGGCGGGAGAACUAUCGAGACAAGGACCUGAUUGCCAAAAAGCAAAAGGACAUAAUUCAGCAAUGGCAAGAUCUCUGGGACCAUCUCAAAAGCCAAAAACGUGCUAUGGGAGAGAAGCAAGAAGUGCUAGUCCUUUUGAGGGACAUUGAUGCUAUUAUGGAAGAACUUAAAGGACUGCAGAUUUUAGUAAGCUCUAAGGAUUGUGGCAAAGAGCUAUUAGAAGCAGGGGAAUUGUUCCAAAAGCACAAAUUAGUUGCCUCCCAAAUCUCUUCUCUUGAGGAGAGUAUCAUGUAUAUUUCUGGAAAAACAGAAGAUAUAAUAAAAGGUAAAUCAGUCAAAUCAGAUGUGCUUCAAGCCAAAUAUCAGAUGCUUCAUCAGCUGCAUCGGAAUCUUCAGGAUCUCUGCCAAACACGGCAGUAUCAGUUGGAAGGGGCUUUGAAGCUUUUUGAAUUUUUUCAUGAGUGCGAAGAAGAACAGCGAUGGUUGUCUGACAAAUGGAAAUUAGUGAAGAUGGGGACCUUAGGGGAUGAUCUCACUCAUAUCACAGCCUCUCUCCAGAGCCAUAAGUCUCUCCAAGCUGAGUGUGACUCCCAUCAAGCAAUUUGUUCUAAGAUAAUUCGCAAGGGCCAGGAGUUAAGCCAGAGUAAUCCUUCAAACCAGAAUAUUCAGAAGAAGAUGGAAGACAUCCAGCAAUUGUGGCAACAGCUCCAAGAUGAGGUGACCAGUUGUAAGAUCCGUUUGGAUACAGCUGCCCUCAUUCGACAGUUCUUUGCCGAUAUCGAUGAGGCUGACUCCUGGCUUCUGGAAAAGCAUACUCUCCUAGCCAGCAAAGAUUAUGGGAAAGAUGAAUCUAGUGCAGAAGCUUUGUUGCAUCGUCAUCUUCGUUUGGAGAAGGAGCUUGCUGCUUAUUCUACAGAAAUAAGCCACUUGGAAGAACAGGCCCAUUCUGUGGUACAGCAUGCUUCACUGGUGAUGGCAUCUGUGCCAGCAGGAAGUUCAGAAAUCAACAACCAGAGAUUAACUAAAACUACAUCAAAUCAUUAUCUUUUACAGACUUUUCCCAAACUUACUAGCUCUGAUUCAUACUUUCUUAUGGAAAACAUAUGGAAAAUGCAGAAGAAUGUUGUUUUGUUGUAUGAAAAACUGCAAACCAUGGCUGAGCAUAGGAAAAAAGAGUUAGAAGAAAGAAUCCAACUCUAUCAGUUCUACAACUCCUGCGAAGAGUUUCAGUCUUGGAUAGAUGACAAAGAAAAAAUUUUCCAGAACAUUCAGCCCAAAGCCGACAAUGUGGAAGCUAUGCAGCAGAAAUUCCAGAGUUUCCUAAUAGAAUUGGCUGCUGGGAAGAAACAGCUGGAUGAGAUCAAUUGCUCAGCAGAUGUGUUUUCUAAGAGCUCUCCUGGAAAACAGGAGGAGAUCCAAACUCGUCAGCAAGAGAUAAACAAGAGGUGGGAGUGUCUGGAAGCAUUAAAAGAAGAAAAAGGCUCAGAGCUGAUUGGCGUCACUGAUGCAAAGAUAUUCCUUCAGGAUUGCCAAGACACUCAAGAACUGUUACAAGACAGGAUAACCAACCUUGAGGAUUUGGGACGUGGGAGCAAGCCUGCUGUCUUGGAAGUGCAGGCAUGCAAGCUUUCAGCCUGUGAAAGAGAAAUCUUAGUUCUGGAGAGAAAAAUUGAAUACCAAAAGAGGGUAGCCAAUUCAAUCCAGGAUACCAGUCCUGCAGAGAGUCAUGCCAUAAAGGAACACGGAGAAGACAUGGAUAAGCUGUUAUUAAUAUUAAAGUUAAAAGCAGAGGAGAAGAAAGUGGUUUUGCAAACAGCAAGGGAUCAACAAGCUUUUCUGCAAGAGAGCCAUAGACUCCUCUUGUGGAUUGAUGGUAUGAAGGAGAAAGUGACAAGUGAGGAGAUGUGUAUAGAUGUGGUCUCUGCAGAGCAGCUCUUGAAAGAACACCAGGACUUGCUGAAAGAGAUACAUAGCCAGAACCACAGAUUUAAACAGCUGCAAGAACUAGGUCAGAAGGUUGCAGAUAGUUUAUCCAACAUUGGAGCUUUUGAUGUUGGUGAAUAUAUGGACAGAGUUGCUCAAGGAAGGAAUGAGCUGGAUGACCUGUGGACAAAGCGGCAGAAAAAGCUCCAGGAGAAUAUAGAAUUGCAGAAAUUCAUCAAAGAAGUUGAUUCAAUCCUUGCUGCCAUCUCCAGCCGUGAAGCCUUUCUUCAGACUGAUAAUCUUGGGGACCACAUGGAUUCAGCUCAGAGUCUCCUGAAGCGACAUGAGGAUUUUGAACAAGUGCUCCUGGUGCUGAAACAUCGAGCAAAUGCAGCCAAUGCGCAAGGAGAGCAGCUGAUAGAAAGGGGUCAUUUUGCUUGUGACCGGAUUGAGAAGACAAUGGUUACCUUAUGUGAAAGAUGGAAAUUGCUCAUAAAUAAUAAUGAGCAGAGAAAAAGGAGACUAUUAGAUUCUCUUCUACUACAGGAGUUCAUUCGUGACACUGCUGAGCUCUUUGUAUGGAUGGAAGAAAAAUACAAGAUAGCAUCAGAUGAGUCUUAUCGUGACCCAUCAAAUAUCUUACGGAAGCUGAAAAGGCAUGAAGCUGCGGAACAGGAAAUGAUGGCCAAUAAGAAGCAUUUUAUGGAGCUGAUGACGGCUGGAAAUCAACUGGUACAAAAUGACCACUAUGCUGCAGAUUCCAUUCAGGACAAAAUGUCAGAAAUAAAGAAGAAAUGGGAGAAGCUUUACAGCAAGAUGAUAGAACGUGGAGAUAAACUGAGGCAGGCUGGUCAGCAGGAACAACUCAUGGAGCUUCUUGAGGAUGCUGACGAGAAGAUAGAGAAGAUAGAGAAGAUGCUUCAAGAUCCAGAAUUGGGUCAUGAUUUGCGUUCCAGUCGCAAUUUACUCAAGGAGCAUAGACAGCUAGAAAAUGAAAUGCAGGGACUGGCUGAGAAAAUGAGCUCCAUUGUGUCUCACGCCAAGAGCGUAGCUACACAUCACUUCGACAGAAAGAGGAUUCUUGAUGAGACACAGAGGUAUCUGGAAAGAUUUGAUUCUCUCCAAAAGCCUCUUGCUGAGAGAGGUCAUCUGCUGGAGGCAAGUGUGGAACUGUUUCAGUUCUACCAUUACCAUGACAUGGAAAUGAACUGGAUUAAUGAACGAAUGUCCAUUGCCAACUCUAUGAUCCAAGGGAAAUCUUUAAAUGGGUCUCAGAGCUUGCUACAGAAGCAGAAGGAAUUACAGGUUGAAGUGAAAGCCCAUAAGCAGCAAAUCUCCAGGGUUCUAGAAAAAGGAAAUGCUAUGGCAGAAGAUAUGUGCAUGCCCUCUCAGAGAAUCAAAGAAAAGUGCCAGGAACUGAGCAAAAACUGGUUGGAACUGGAGGAAGCUUGUGAUAAAAAAUUAAAGCAGCUGCAGCAGUCAGUUGUUUACUAUCAGUUCUUAAUGGAUAUUUGGGACCUGGAGAAUUGGGUGGCAGAGAAGCUUCCACUGGUCACCAACAAAGACUGUGGCAAUGAUGAAGCUGCAACUCUUAAACAUAUAAGGAAACAUAAGGCUCUGGAGCAUGAAAUCGACAUUUAUCAGAACUUAGUAAUGGAGCUAGAGGAAACUGCCAAAACUCUGCCGCAUUCAGGCUCCAUCCAUUGUGAUGAAGUUGAUAUGCCUCAAAGACAGGUCCACACAAAGCUUCAAGAGCUACAAAUAUUGGCCAAAGCAAGGGGUAAAAAGUUGGAGGAGACUCGCACACUGCAUGAGUUCCUGAGAGAAUAUGAAGGUCUUGAGGAAUGGAUCAAUGAGCAGAAGCAGGUGGCCAGUUCUGAAGACUAUGGAGCUGAUUAUGACCAUGUCAUUCUUCUUUGUGCCAAAUAUGAAAAAUCUCAGCAUCAGAUGGAAGUUGCUGCCCAGAGAGUUGCUGCAUGUCAUCAGCUAGCACAGAACAUGUUGGAUCAUGGCCAUUUUGAAUCCAGGGAGAUUUGGAAGAAGCAGAAACAGCUGAGGAACAACUGGCAGGAAUUGCUGGAGAUGACAAACUAUCAAGGGAAACAAUUACAAGAUGCUGAAGCCAUUUACAAGUGUCUGCAGGAUCUGACAGAAGCUCUCAGCCACAUUGAGGUUAAAAUUGUGUCAGAAAACACAUGGAGUGGAUUUUUUUCUCCCACACACAGUAUCUUACUGUGUCUUUCUGAGGCUCAAAUUAGAUAUGAAGGAACAGCCAUUCAUUUCUAUUGUUUACCUAGGCUUUCCAUACCAAGUAAUUUUGAUGAAAUGUGGAGGGAGAAACUGAAGGCCAUCCCAGAUUCCAUUGCUAGAGAUCUGAGCGGUGUGCAGUCACAGCUACGUAAGCAAGCAACUCUUGAGCAUGAAUUAUUUGGGAAUGAGCAGCAGCUGCAUGUUCUGAUUGAUACUGCAGUUGGCGUGCUCUGCCUAUGCUCUGAGAGGCAAGCAGAGGAGAUCAAGGCAAAGCAACAGGCCUUGGUGGAGAAUUGGGAAUUCUUGAGAUGUAAAGUAGAAGCAAGCAGGGAGCAGCUGGAACUCACUUGCAGAUUAUACCGCUUCCAAACCCAUGUAUGGGACUAUUCUUCCUGGGCAUCUGAGAUGACAAGAGAAAUGGCGGUUGAGGAGACCAUUCGAGAUGUAUCUACCAGUGGUCUGAAGAUUAAUCAGCAUCAGCAACUAUUGCCAGAGAUUGAGGCUCGAGAUGAAAUUUAUGAACGAGUACUACAACUGGGACAAGAGCUGCUGCUGGAACAGAAAAUGGCAACAAGAGAAAUCCAAGGUGCAUUACAAACUCUCUUAGAAGCAAAGCACAGAGUGUACCAGACAUGGGCACAAAAGAAGGAAUGGCUGGAGAAGAUCCAUCUUUUGCAGAUAUUUUACAGAGACUGUGAAUACCUGGACAACAUGUCAAACUCCCAGGAGAUGUAUUUGAAAAGCUGUGACUUUGGAAGCAGUGGGGAUGAAGUGGUGCAGCAGAUCAAGAAACAUGAGGCUUUCGAGAAGAUUCUAGCCUCCCAGGAAGAAAAGGAACUCUCUCUUCGGGAGCAACUGGAAAGAUUGCAGCCAGGUAGUGAGUUGGAAGUAACGCAGAUCCAACACAGGCUCAGUGUGGUGUUACACAAAAGAAGAUGCAUCAAAGAUCUUUCUCAAAGCAGACAAGAAAAACUGCAGGUAGAACUCCUGCUGGCACUAUUCUACCAGAGUCUAACUGAGGCAGAGAGCUGGAUUGAUGAACGCAUGCAAAAGAUGAAGGAUCCUUCUUUUCAAAACUUCAGCAAGCUAUGUGACAAAAUGAAGCUUCUUCAGAAGCAUCAAGUCUUUGAAGCUGAAAUUCUGGCUCAUAAGGACAUAAUUGCAACUGUUAAUAUGGCAAGAGAAGCCCUACUACACCAUAAUGUUCCCAAAUCGGAAGAGAUCUGCCAAAAGGUUUACUUGCUUCAAGAACAGUGGGAAACGUUGAAACAUGCUGUCGCUGCUCACGGAAAGAUGCUUGAGGAUAGCAGAGAUUUUCUUGAAUUUCUACAAAAAGUCGACCACGCAGAGGCUUGGAUCAGAGAGAAGGAAGUCAUGAUUAAUAUUGGUGAUGUGGGGAAUGACUAUGAACACUGCCUUCAGCUUAUGAAAAAAUUAAAUGAAUUCCGGGGAGUGUCAGAGGGAGUAAUAGUGGAUGAUACACACAUCAAAGACAUCAAUGCUCUUGCUCUGCGAUUGGAGAGACAGAAUGAGGAAGAGAUGAAAAUAAUACACCAACGCCAAGAACAACUCAAUGAAAGGUGGAACAGUUUUCAUGGUGAUCUUAAAGCAUAUAGGAGGAAGUUGGAAGAAGCCCUGCAGAUCCAUGCCUUGAUUAGAGAAAUUGAUGACAUCACAGAGAGGAUUGGUGAAAAGAGUACACUGAUACAAGCACUGGAUUAUGGAAAAGAUGUUGAAAGUGUAGAAAAUCUACUUCGGAGACAUGAUGAAAUGGAGAGAGAAAUUGGCAUCAUUCAAUCCAAGGUGGAGUCACUGGAACCAGAACUGUCCCAGAUUUGUAAAAAGAAUCCAUCCACUAUAAGCAACAAACUGACUACAAAGCAAAAGGAAAUGAGAAACCAAUGGUUACGACUCCAGAAUCAGGCAAAACAAAGGGGUGAGAAGCUGACAGCCUCUUACCAGCUACAGAAGUUUAACUCUGAACUGAAGGAGUUACUAGAUUGGAUUCAGGAAGUCAAAAGUCAAAUGGAAACUGGGGAUCUUCCUAAAAGUCUAGCUGAAGCAGAAAGUCUGAUAGAGGAGCAUCGAGAAAUAAAGGCAAAGAUUGAAGCUCAAGGGGAAAGAUUUGGUGUUCUCAGCAACUAUGGCCAGAAACUUGGCGAUUCUGGCCAUUAUGCAGCUCCUCAGAUCCAUCACUCCCUCAUCAGAUUACAACAAGCAUUGAAUGAAAUGAUCCAGGCCUGGCAAGAACAAAAUCUAAAACUGCUUCAAGCCAGGGACUUACAGACAUUCUUUGGUUAUGUGGAAGAGAGUGAAAGUUGGCUAAGCAGCAAAGAGGCCUUCCUGACAAACAAAGACUUGGGGGAUUCAGUAUCCAGUGUGGAGAGUCUGCAGCAAAAGCACAUGCAAUUUGAAAAAGACUUGAAAACCCAUCUGGAGAAGAUGGAUACAAUAGCUUUCUUUGCACACCAGCUGAAGGACAGUCAGCAUUAUGAUUCUGAAAAUAUAAUGACUAAGUGCCAGGCUGUUUUGAAAAGAAAGGAAAAACUUCUGGAAAUCACUUUAGUUCGCAGGCGUCUGCUGGAGGAGUCGUGGCUACUACAAAAAUUUCUGCAUGAUUCUUUUGAGAUAGCUGCCUGGAUGAGUGAAAAAAACAGUAUUGCCCUUGAUGAGAGUUGGAGAGAUCUAAGUAAUCUUCAGACUAAACUGCAAAAGCACCAGACUUUCCAGGCAGAGAUUGUGGCUAAUAGAAGUCAUCUCAACAGAAUCAAAGCUGAAGGAGAGAAAAUGCUCCAUGAAAGACAUUAUGCUUCUGAUGUCCUCCAGUCUAGAUUCCAGGAAAUAGAUGAGCUUUGGGAUGAGUUGCUAGAAAACUGUGAGGAAAAGAAAAGAAAAUUUCUGGAUGCCUACAAGGCUCUGCAAUUUCUACGUAUUGUAGAUAAUGCUGAUAAAUGGUUGGAAGAUCUAGACAGUGAGAUGAAAACACCAGAAAGCAGCAAUAAUCUACUGAUUCUGAAUGAUCUCCUAAAGAAACAGGAAGAAUUGGAAGCCAGCUUUGCUGCCCACAAGGACCAGUUCCAAAAUAUGAUUGACACAGUGCAAGAACUCCAGCAGGAGAAAUAUUUUCUGGCGGAUGAGAUAGAGAUAAGAGUGGACCAGGUGGUACACAGAUACAAAAGCUUUAGGGAGCCACUCCAGGAAAGGCGGCAGUGUUUGGAAGCCAAUGUAUUGCAGUACCAGUUCCUCCAGGAUGUCAAUGAGGAGUUGACCUGGAUUCAUGAGAAGCUCCCUCUGGCAUCUUCAAGAGACUAUGGCCAGUCUCUGGCAACUGUUCAGAGACUACAGGAAAAGCACCAGAAUUUAGAGAAUGAGAUUAACAGCCAUGAUGCCUUAACUACUGCAGUGAUCAGCUCUGGGCAGAAGCUGGUGAAGGAAAAACAGGUUGCUUCCAGGACAAUCAUGGAACAAGUGAAGGAAUUGAUAAUUUCCUUUGAAAAUCUGAAGGGUGACGCUCAGGAAAGAAGACAGCGGCUUGUACAAUCUCAUGAAGCCCAGCAUUUCCUCAGUGAGCUUUUGGAAGUGGAAUCCUGGAUGGCAGAAAAAGAACUUCUGCUAGAAACCUCAGAUUAUGGGAGAAAUGAAGAAUCAACUCAAGCACUGCUGCGUAAAAUGGAAGCUACCAAGCUUGACCUAGAGGGAUUUAAAUCCCGAAUUGAGAAGCUGAAGGAAACAGGAGACUACCUCUUGAACAGUAACAACCCAGAGAGUUCAACCCUCCUGCCGAAACUUCAGGUUGUUUUAGAACAGUACCUGUCUCUCCAGGAACAAGCAGAGAAACAAAUGAAAGGUUUGCAGGAGCAAUCUCAACUUCAUCAAUUUGAGAGGGAAACCCAAUUGGUGGAUGCUUGGCUAUUGAGCAAACAGAAUAUGGCUGAAUCUGAUAACUAUGGUCAGGAUUUGGAGGAUUUGGAGGUUCUAGAGAAAAAAUUUGAAGAUUUUAUGAAAGAGAUAGAAUCUCUAGGCCAUGCCAAGGUCCUCCAGAUAAAUAAUUUAGCAUCCCAUCUUAGAACUGGGUGUCAUAGUCAAGUAAGCCACAUCCAGAAAAAGACCCAGGAUAUUCAUGACAGAUGGGAGAGAUUGCAGCAAGCUGUCCAGACAAGAGCAGAGAAUCUCAGAGCAGCUCGUCAAAUUCAUCAAUAUGAUCGUGAUGUGGAUGACCUGAAAGGUUGGAUGCAGGAGAAAGAGGCUGUUGUGGCCAGAGAUGAUUAUGGUUAUGACCUGCCUGGAGUUCAGACCCUCCUUAGCCAACAUGAAGGAGUGGAGAGGGAACUAGCGGCCAUCGCAAAAGAGCUGGAAAGGAUUAGAGGAGAGGCCUGGCAUCUGGGUCGCCUCUACCCUUUACCCAGAGAGAACAUGAUGAACAGACUUUCUGAGCUCAGUGAGUGCUGGGAGAAACUAGACAGGAUAUCUGUGGAAAGAAAGCUGAAGUUGCAGCAGGCUGAACAAGUCCAAAUCUACUUUAAUGACUGCAGAGAGCUGAUAGCCUGGACAAGAGAGAUGCAUUCCCUGAUCGUCUCAGAGGAGUUAGCAAAUGAUCUUCUGGGGGCUGAAUUGCUUAUUAAACGCCACGAGGAAUACAAGCGUGACAUAGACAAGCAGUGGUUGAAAUAUGAAGAUUUGGAGCAAAUCGGAAAUAAUCUGGUGAAGGAAGGACACUUUAUGUGCAUGGAAAUUGAAGAGGAACUCUCUGAGCUAUUGGAGCUAAUGCAAAAAGUGAGGGAAUUCUGGGACAUGAAGAAGGGUUUGUAUGAGGAAAACUGGGAGAUCCAAUUACUGAAAAGGGAGCUGGACUUUGCUGAAGCCUGGUUGACAGCCAAGGAGAGUUUUCUUUCAGAUACAGAUUAUGGGAAUUCUGUGUCUGAAGUUAAACACCUGUUAAAGAAAAAUCAAGACUUUGAAAAAAUGCUGGAGGCCCAAGAAGAGAAGUUUGCACAGCUGAAUAGAAAGACAAAGAGAGAAUUGAAGCUACUGAAACAAAUGACUAUAGAAGAGAAUGAGCAAAUGACAAAAUUGAUCAAAGUCCCCUCACUAAGAAGGCGACAUUCAGAUAGAAGAACCACAAUGCUUGAGCCAAAGAAAACUCAGCAAUCAGCACUUAGGUCCUCAAUUCCCAGCUUAAGAGGUCCCCUUAAUGUCUCUCCUACCCAAAACUCCAAAGAGAAUUUGCACCAAUUAAGUCCUGAAGAAGACCUGUUGACAAGCUCUGAUUAUAUAAGUGAUUCUCCGGAACCAAGAGUGCUUGGCUUACAGAAUUCCAUGCCAGAAACUGAGAAUGCUUUGCUCCCUUCACUGACCUCAGACUUGAAAAUCCAGCAAUCUGAUAUUGGACUUUUGCAGUCACACACUAGUGAUUUUAAUCCAUCAGAUGUGAAAAACAUUUGUGAAACUUCCACCUCUGAGUCUGAAACUAAUGAAGUAAAAACUGUGGAUGGUAAAGGAUCACCUGACAUUUCCCAAACCUUUCUGCACUCGGAUUUAUCACCAGAAGGAUCAGAAACUGCUUCCCAAAUUUCUGCAAAUCAAUACAUCAUGGAAGGUUUUCUAGAAAAGAGUGACCAGGUCCUUUUGAGAAGGGAAGAGGUAUGUGCAAGGGAUUGGAACACCUUUUAUGUUCAACUUGGAAGACAAAAACUUGACUUCUAUAAUGAUGAGAAGGAAGUAAUUCAGAAAAUGCCUCCUGACUUAUCACUUAGCAUAGCUGGAGCCAGGUGUGAGAGGCUAACAAACUACUCCGGGAAAAAAUAUGCCUUCGGCUUAAGAACAAGUGAUGGAGCAGAAUACUACCUUGCAGCAUCUUCUCAAGAGUUAAUGGAGGAUUGGAUGCGAGCAUUAUGGAGUAACUUGGGUAACUUGAUGCAGUCUAAGGAGUAUUUCCCCUCCCCUAGGGUGGGAAGUAUCUCAGUUUGUCCAGAGAGCCCUUAUGAAAAAAGGGACAGAGACAGAGUAUUGGGCAAAAGAGGAUCAUUAAUGCUAUCUUCUUAGAUUAUCCAUAGCAGUAUUUUUUUUUCUUUUAUUCCUAUGAUUUCUUGCAUGGAUUCUUCAAGAUCACAGCAAUCAGAAGGAAUUUUUAGUCAGUGCAAAUGUGGUGAAACCUCAGAUAAAAUCUCGGAUCUCCGCAGCUAGAACUUCUAAACCGUCUAGCAAAGGUCUCCUUCUGAGGAAAACUCCUUCCUUCAAAGUUAAUCAAGAAGAAAGGCCUACUGGAAGUUAUGCUGAAUCAGAAGUACUGAUGCAAAGUUACAGCAAAACCGUUGCUCAGAAUUCCAAAGAACCUGGUAAUAGUGCAGCAUCGUUUUUCCCUUUCCUU